UCUGCAUUCAAAAGAAAAUCUUUCAGGAUGCAUUAAUGAAUAUCUUUCGAAAGUUCUUUGAAAAAUUCAGUAAAAAUAAUUUCAUUCUGUUAUCAACAACAGAAAGAUCGAAUAUAUAGCAUCGUUUGAAAUUUUGUUAUAUGAUCUCUGUUCUGAAAUAACUUUGGUUUAAAAGAAGAAAAUAACUCCCUUCAGAAAAAAAACACACCCUUCUACAAUUAAAUAGGAGAUAUAUGAAAACAAGAUGUGUUGAAUUACAGCCAUAAUUAUUUUUCAAAGUAUUCAGAAAUUAUAUGAACAUCAGAAAUUGUCUACAGUAAUUAAAUCAGUUUAAUCUAACAAAAUUUUUUCAAGGCCACGUUUUCGUUAAGAAUAUUUAUUUGAAGAUGCACCAUCAUCGUCGAAGGUGAAACGUGAUAUGUGCUACACAACAUCGCAUACAAAAUCAUACUUAGUACAAGAAAUUUGCAUUAACGUUGUGAUACAUUGUAUGAAAGAGGAUAUAAAGAUGUCGUCCUACAACCCUAGGGAGCGUCCGCUGAGAGGCGACAAGACACUGAAUGCUAUUGUUCGGUGCGGACAGGCGGUCCACCUCUCUAUCGAACGGUUCGUAACUCUGGGGGAGGCUAUGGCAGAUGACAAUGCCGAAAUCAAGGUGGACAUGUACGAGGCGUGCAGAGACGCCAGAGCAGCUGGGUCCAUGAUAGAGCAUCUUUGUGAAGUGCAGCACGACGACGGCGGGCAGUUGCGACCCUACGCCGACAAGCAUCAUCUUGCUAGAGCGGCACGUGCGCUGUUGUCAGCUGUCACCAGGAUAUUGUUGUUGGCGGAUACCGUUGUUGUCAAGCAAUUGCUCAAUACCAAAGACAGGGUAUCCAUAAGUCUCAAUCGGCUGGAAAACGUGGCCAAUUUCACAGAAUUCGUCAAAGCAUUCAGUCAGUUUGGAACAGAAAUGGUAGAAAUGGCAAACUUAAUGAAUAGGAGUCAAAAUGAUGUGACUAAUGAAAGGAGAAGAGCUCAGAUGGCAGCAGCUCGACAAGUCUUAGAGCGUUCAACAGUAUUACUGCUCACAGCUUCGAAAGCAUGCCUCAGGCACCCUGAUUGCGACAGUGCUCGAGAAAACAGGGACACCGUAUUCCUUCAGAUGCGGCGGUCGAUGGACGUCAUCCAUUAUGUCAUCAAAGAGGGAGUGAUUCCUGAGUUAGCCGGGACCACGAGCAACGGCGAGCCCAGGAGGAAUCACGGGGCCCAUCGUCGAAGUAGGGCCCACCAUUACAAUCACACGGGUCCCCACAGGGCGGAGGAGAUGGAACCUUGCCUCACAGUUUGCAAUGCAAUCAAAAAGUUUGAGGACCACGUGGAUAUGACCCGCAUUACGAUGGUCACCCCUGCAUACCGGAGUCUUCUGACCAGUGCCUUGGAAUCCGUGGUGGAGAGGUCGCAGGACUUCACGGAUUCCGCCUACACCUCCCACGAGCACAGGGAGCGCAUCCUGCUGCUCUGCGACAGGCUCAAAAUGGAGCUGCACCAGCUGCUAAGAGUGGGAAUGCAGCUUGAGCAGAUAGGACAAAUGUCUCCUAAUGAAGAAAUGGAAGCUGCAAUACAUGAAACACUAAGAGCUGCCAGAGACUUAAAACUUGAACUUCAAACGACAGCACUUGAGCAAGCGGAAGAGUUACUCAAAUACAUGGACAAAUCGACUCUGCUAAACAGGCUAAAACACGCUUCCAUAACAGGUGAUCACCCCCGAUUGGAAGAAUUUAGUGAAAGGUUUAGUGAACAAUCAGAUCAUCUGCAAGAGGUUUGCAAACUCCUUCACCACGUAGCCAGUGCAGAAUCAGUUCAAGUCCUGUCGAAGAACACAGAAGCUUGUCUUCAAGUCUAUGGACCACAGGUGCUAAGCGCUUGCCACACACUCUUCCUUCACCCUAGCAGCAAAGUGGUGAGGGAAAACGUCGAAGUCUUCAUGGACGUGUGGAAAGCCCUUGAUCAAGACGUCACAGCUCUAGCCCAAGAAGUCGCCGAACUCUGCAGAAAUUCGACGGCAAAGCCAGAGAAAGUGGCGAAUACGAAUUAUUCUACGAAUCCACCUGCUGAAUUUAAUAGACAGCAGACGAGUCAUCAGUCUCCGAGCAAUCCGAACAAUCACUCCACUGUGCCAAAGAGCAUUGUGACAACCAAUCAGCUAGCUGUUCCAGGGCAGCCCACCAAACUAGACGCUGAGGAACAGUCUAACAUAGCCAAAUUGGGCUUAGAAAUGAAACAGCUGACAUCAGAAAUGGAUGCUGAAACGGACAAAUGGCCAACCGCGGACAACGAUAUUGUUCGCAGGGCAAAAACGAUGUCAACUAUGGCCUUCUCCAUGUACCAAUUCACGAGAGGAGAAGGCGAGUUAAAAACAACGCAAGACCUCUUUACCCAAGCUGAAUUCUUUGCUGAAGAAGCAAACAGAUUUUACAAAGUAGUGAGACAUUUUUCAUAUCAGGUUCCAGGAGGUACACAUAAAAAAGAAAUGUUAGAAAAUUUAGAUCGUGUACCGACAUUUGUUCAACAGCUUCAGUUCACAGUUAAAAACACAACAGUUGGAAAGGCUGCAACGUUUACAAAGGUAGAUAAUGUCAUCAAAGAGACCAAAAACCUCAUGAAUGCCAUUUCCAAAGUAGUUACCACGUGCUUAGUUUGCGCCACAAAGUACAAUCUGGACUUCGGCUCUGCUUCCGACCGCUCACGGCUGAUGUCGCCGUACAACAGGGGGGACGGGGGCGGUGAGGAGUAUGGGGAGGGCAUGCCUGGCAAGGGGCUGCAGAGUUCCUCGGACCCCAACAUUUGACAAUUAGGGAACGGCUCCCGGAGAGCCACCAGCGAGCCCAGGAGGACCACCAGGGUCUCAUUCCUCACACUGCUCGGCUCCAAGCGAAGAGAUAACUAGAAGCAGAGAGAGCAUCCCUUCUCCCUAUCGAAUGUAGGGCUGCCCUCCCUCCCAAGGCGGUAUUCAGUUGCAGGGUGUCGCAGACGCAGGCAGAAUCUACGAAAAACACUACUUUGCACACGUUUGAACGUGCAUGUGAAGCUGACGAAUAAAAUUAAUAACAUACGAAUUCUUUAUAGUGUUUGAUCGAUUGGGACUUUAAAAAAUUAUAAAGAACAUAAAACGAUAAAACCUGGGUUUUCCCAAAAAGUUCCAUCCGAUAGCAAGUACCCUCUAAUAACUGAAUUCAUUUUACAAUAUUUUAAAGAAAUAUAAUUGCAUAAUUUAUAGUUGA